AUGAAUUUUGUAACAGUACCAUGUGUUGAAAACUCAGACAGAGACUUACAAGAAGUAGGUAAGGAAGAUGGAAUAAAGGCAAGGAAAUCUCAUACUGGACCAUGUAAGUAUCUUGAACCUAAAAAAGUUGAGAAAGACAAGGAAUUUUUUGAAGAUAAGCUAUCUUCCAGUGCAGCAACUCUUGAUAAUUUGCACAACCAAAUGAAGAUGUCAUCCUUGAGAUUUGAGUCUUCAGAGGAAAUUGUUGGAAAUUGCAAAAGAGAGUUAAAAGAACUCAGCAUUGAAAAAGAGGAGAGGGAGAAAUAUUUCAGAUAUGAACAGUGCAAAACUACCAAUGUCAUUGAGGAAAAAGAUGCUAUGAUCAAGCAUUUGGAAACAACUGUAUCUGCUACCAGAUUGGAUAUGGAGAGCUUAAACUCAAAGAUGGAAAAGUUACAUGUUGAUAUCCCUCACGAGGAUGGAAGACAAGGUGAGGAUGAGGGACACGAAGAAGAGUUGGGAAGAGAUGAAGAUGAUGGUGAUGAGGGAGACGAAGAAGAGUUGGGAACAGAAGAUGUUAAAGAUGGAGAUGAAUUUUCUAAGGAGCCUUGA